CCGAGUCCCGAGUCUCCGAGCAGCCGCGGUGCGGUCGUAUGCUGCUCGUGUGUGCCAUAGGGGGCCACUGCCGGACACGACACGGAUACGGACACGGACACGAACACGGACACGACACGAUCACACAGUAGCGCGCGUUCGCGUUCGUUUACAAGAUGGCAGACGACGGCCCGUCCGCGGCGGAGGACGCGACCGCGGCGGUGGCAACGGGACUGGGGGACGGUGAUUCUCGCGUGACAAGGGAGCGGCAUAAACGCGCGGACGCUACCACGCCGAUCGUCAUAUCAGACCAGGACGCCUCCUCAUCCUUCGUGGAGCGCGUCGGCGGAUACGAGGACGCCUCGAGCAGCGCGUCUCCGUGCGAGCUCGACGAUCAUCAUCGUUCUCACCACGAGCGUCGUCUUCAUCAUCGUCAUCAGCAUCCUCAUCCUCGUCAUUCUUACCACCAUCAUUUAUCGUCUCAUCAUUGUAAUCAUCACCACUUUAAUCCUCAUCGCCAUCACCUCGCUAAUCAUUGCGACAACGAUCGCGUCAGUGGUGAUUCUCCGUCGCCCGUCGACGCGACUGGGCCAACCGUGAGCGACGGCGAGGAAGAGAACGGCGGCAGCGACGGCAUUAGUCUCGAAGCGCCUUGCGGUGGCGUCGGCGUCGGCGCCGACGGCGACGACGGUGGUGGCGGCGACGGCGACGGCGGCAAUGGCAGUGGUAGUGUCGGCCUGUACCAUAGCGAUGUUAGAAUCGAGGUAGUCCGGAGUGUCGUGGCGGAGGACGACCACGACAACGACGACGGGGACGGCGGCAACGGCGGCAGCGUCGGCGGCGUCGAUAGUGACUGCGACGGUGAUAGUGCUGGCAGUGCUGGCAGUGCUGGCAGUAGUAAUAGUAGUAUUAAAAGUAGUAAAAGUGGUGCUGGUGGUGUUGCCGCGGAAAUCAUGACCGGUGGUAAUAAUAAUAAUAAUAAUAAUAAUAACAACAACGCGGGGACGCGCGUCGGUGUCGAGGAUACCGAUGGUACGUCAUCGUCGUCGUCGUCGUCGACGCGACGUUCGGCGCCGAGCGCGAACAGUGCACCGGAAGUGAACGACCGCGAGGAUUGCGACGCGGGCAGGCGGACAAUGAUCAUCGCCGUCGCGACGAGAGAGGAGGAGACGACGAGAGCAACCGAGGAGAGCGCGUCGGCGACGGCGACGACGACGGCGACAGUGACGGCGUCGGCGUCUGCUAAGACGGACAACGCCGGCGUCGCCGUAGCUAGGCAUCAGGGCAGUCCGUUCAAGGGACAGGUUAGGAUGGCCGAGGAUACCCUCGUCGGGCCCUGCGGCAAGAAGCGGUGCGCGGAUCGAUACGACAGCUCCGAGAGCUCUGACAGUGGUGUCGCGGUGUCUUGUGGGGAAUGCAGCAGCAGUGGCACGAGCGAUAUCACAGAACCGGGCUCACCGUGCAGCACCAGCAGCGACGAGGGGGUAGCUGCGAUACGCGGCACAUCCGCCAGUCCGCUUCCGUCUCUGCCCAAGCUGGCGCCGUCAUCGCAGCUCGGUACCAGGCCCCAGUGGCCCUGGACCCCGCCGUUGGCGGCGACCGCCUGCUCCACAACCGCGUUCAAAAGGUUGAGGGGCGAACCCGAGGCUGGCGCCCUUCCUCGCUCCGGCGCCGCCGAUCCCACCUCCAGGGGAGCCGUCAAGGCAAACGGAAAGACUGCGGGCGGCCAGCACCACCACGAGUCCCAGGGCAAGAUCACGGAGUACUUUAAGACGCAGAUUAAGCCGCAACAACCGAAGAUAAAGAAAACGAACGAAAUGGUAUUGGUAGCGAAGAGCUCAGAAUUUCGAAGGCCUCCUAUGGUGCAGAGGAAUAAAGGCGGCCUCGCUAAGUACUUGGGGACCGUGUCGUCCAACACAAACCGCAGUACUGUGACCAACGAGCCCUGGGAAGUGAGAACACUGACGUCAUCGUCGACGAAAAAGGUACCACUGGUCAUUGUGCCAAGGGCCAAUGGCAAGAUAGACAAGAAGCUACCGAAGCCACUGCCAAGUCUGCCAAUCUCGAACGACGUACUGAAAAAUCUGCCUAAGAUCUCAUCCCUUAGAUUAACUUCGGACGUAAGUAUCAAUUCAACCAAGGGCAGUUCUCCGCCCGCUACUGCCGCCCCGUCGCUAUUAGGCGAACCGUUAGACUUCAAGGCAAUCUUGACGAAACCGCACGUGAACGAGAACAAUAAUCUAACAAACAGCUGUGGAAGUAUCCUGGGAGCGUUAAGAUCGCAAAGCAGUCACGAAUCCCCUAUUUCGAGGUUGUCUUCGCCAUCGAAGGAGGACAACAAGGAUGAGGAUGGUCAAUCGGCGCCGAUCGACGUUGAUGAAGAUGACGUUGAUGAAGAGGACUCUUUAGGUAGCGAAUCGAAACCGUCGCCUAUUCUUUCGGCACCUACCACCAUUCGAUUUCCGGCACGAGCGCCCGAGAAAGAUAGAUCUCAAGCUACUGAUAGCGGGAUCUGUCGUUGGGAUAAAUGCGAAGCCAACUUUGAGUCAGUGGGUGGUCUUUUGGAGCAUUUACAGGCUGCGCACAUCAACACACAAACCGGCAGCGACAAUUUCGUCUGUCAAUGGCAGGGAUGUAAGGUACAAGGUAGAACUUCUUGUUCUCGACGAUGGUUGGAAAGACACGUUCUGUCUCACGGUGGCAAUAAACCCUUUCGAUGCAUUGUCGAUGGUUGCGGUUGCAGAUUCAGUUCUCAGACCGCCCUUGAGAGGCAUGUAAAUGGUCAUUUCAAUCAGCCGGAAACGAGCAACACUAACGGAAGACGUAGUUGCGAGAACGGUGGCAAACUCGUUAGGAGGAAUGGCAAGAAGCUUAGAUAUAGGCGACAACCUUGGUCUGCAAGACUUUUUGAUUACUUUGACUCGGGAGUAAUGGAGGGUCUUCAGCACAGGCUACUGGAAUUAGCGACAUCGAGGACACAGGGGCGACUAGCUGAAACGCCAGGAAACUCGAUGGCACUAACUAGUCAAGUUUUAGCGAGGAGAGUCGAAAUGGAUGGAAAGACGAAGGUGUUAUUGCGAUGGUAUCCUCAAGAUAUAGAACCGGAUGAAUGGGUAUUAGAAUCCGAAGUACAAAGCACAAAGCAUGUAGGUAUUCGCAAAGCAGCCGCUAGUAAUCCGGAACAAGUGAGUUUGGCUCUCUAUCCCGCGAUAAGCGGUUGCACGCCGCCGACGGUGCGAGCGAAGCAGCGCCGAAAACCAGUAAAAAACUCGUGAUAAUGCCGGCUGAUCGGCCGGAUACCAGAACUGACCUAACUGAUAUCUCAACCUUCUUCGAAGUGAAGAAGAACAGAGUGCUGCCGUUGAUAUGAGCACGACACGGUCUAUAACACUUCCUGGUCGGUGAAGACGAAGGCCACAACGAUGCGACCUGAAAUACCCGAACGUAUCGAAAGAGACAAAGACCGCUUUAGAAGAUAAUUAAUCUAAAGAUAAAUGACCAAUAUGACUCGAAUUAAAAAAAGUAAGAAUCGUCGAAGGAAAUCGUGUAACAGAUAAAUUCAGGAUGUAAGACAGUAGCGAUAAGAACAAGGGAUAGCAAAUGGACGAACAAAGAAACGAUCAUCCGUCCUCCGUUUUGAGGACGAAAAUAUUGCUCAGCAAUGAACAUUGUCGUUAUUUAUCGAUAGAUACAUCUACUAAUGCGCUAGUUCUAUGCGAAUCCCUGCCACGAGUACCUCGCAUAAUUUGACGCUCGUCGGCUUCGGAAGCGCUAAGUCUGGGCCUCGAAAGUGCCUCACCGUGGAUACGUUUUGCACCGUCUUCUACCGUGAUCAAGAUCCCAGGGACAAAUGCGUGGUGAAAACGAUAGUAAUGGUAGACAAAGACAAAAAAAAAGAAAGCAACAAAGAGGAGCUUUUGCGUAUUUGGUUUUGCCAAAGGAAACAGAAGUCGUGCACAGACAAAAUAUUUAAGCGGUAGUUAACAAUUUAUAAAAAGAUAAUCACUCUGGUGGCCUUAGGAUUCAAUUAAUAUCUAACAUCGGCCCCUUGGCACUUCCGGGAACUGAGUAUCUUGGCGAUCUCCGACGAUGUUUUGAAAGAAGAGAGAAGAGAAGGGAAAAGAAAAAAGAAGAUGCUUCUACCUCGAUUUACAACUCGGUAGAAACUCGCGUCGGCUGUCAUCAUAUGAUGACACGAAGAGAAUCGAGAAGAAGAAACAUGAGAGGACGGAGGAAGAUCGUGGACAGCGCGAAGCGGACGCAGAAGACUGUAUCGGGAAUGUAUGAGAGAAAAUCGGAGAAGGGUAUUUAGAUUGUUAGGUGAGAAUUCGAAUGAGUACGAAUGAAAAUAUGUAUGUAUGAGAGAGAGAGACUGAGUAAUAAUGCUCCGAAUUCGCCGUUAUUUCCCUGAAUAGGGUGACAGUUUCCCAGGCUAGGAACCUCGGCAUGAAAUUGAAAGAUUGCGGAGUAAUCGGACGAUACGUACGCCACCGAGAUUUCUAUCGAGGAUUAUUUCUCUUCGUUCUUUCGUAGAAGUAGAACGGAGAGGCGAUGUACAAAACAAAAUUAAGAAAAAAAGAGUGAUUCUCAAGGCCCGAGGCAUGCCCGAGCUUUUGAAAAAGAGAUGUAUGGCAUCGAGUUUGCCUCGUUUCCGCGCCCGAGAUGUGUUCGAUUUCUUGUGUACUUCAUCAUUCGCGUUAUUUUUAUCUUUCUGCUGAGUCUCGUGUAGCAUGUUGGCAUACACUCGUCGCAUUAAAGAGCGCAAAAUUUAAUCAAGUGUCAAGAUGAAAAGAAACGAGAGUAAGUAAACAUGUUGCGCAACCACAAUCGAUGAGCUGUUACCCUCAAAAGGGGUAAAUUACGUACGUAGGCUGUGUUACAUUUCCCACGGACUUGUUAAGAAUGGGUUGAACAAAGAGCGCGACGUGCGUCAUAUUGUUGCUCUCGCAAUUCAUGUACGUGACUUCGCAAAAAGAGAAAUAAAUUUUGCGACCACGCAAGCUUCUCGCGGAUGAUCGUAGAGCAACGCCGCGCACGUGUGCAUGCAUAGCGAAUAGAACUUCAUGUAAAUUAAAGCUCGCGAAGGAGAAGAAUAUGUGUCGUAUCGUAUGAAUGUAUUGAACGAGUGAGAGUUGAUCGAAAAAUAGACGAGAGAUUGACGAGAAAAUCAGAAUGGAUGAGCUGAUUGAAUAUGUAUGAGAGAUCGAGUGGCUGAAAAGAAAUGGAGACCGUAUGAGACACACAGACAAAGACGGAACGUCAUUACACACCAGCUAAGAAACACUGCCAAUAUAAUUGUAAUUAAGAACUUUACGACAUUAAUUAAUUAUUCUUACUAUUAUUGUAAAGUACGAUUGUAAAACCCCAGACAUAAUACGAAUAGCAACAGCGAUAGAAAUAACACCAUUCAAUUUAGAAACUGUGUAUUCUGGAGUAUCUGAUUUCUGAAAGAUUGAAAUCGUGGUAUUCCUAUCGCUAUCACUAUUCCCUCGCAUUAUGCCUGAGGCUUAAGUGUAUAAUCGAAUAGAUCUCUAGCUGACGCGCGAGAAUAUGUAGUAAGGAGGACAUGUAAUAAGAAGCGGCCGUUCCGAUAAUGCGUCGUUGUCACGUCCGUUCCACGAUAUUUUAAUGAUAAAUACUUUUUCUCAAACUGCCCGCGUAUGAGAGGGUGUUCCGUGCACGCGGCGUGCACGGCGCGUCGCGAACGCGUGGCCGCGAGUUGUAAAUGUAAAUACUUAGUUGAAAUUAUCGUAAUGAAACGGCAUAUUACACGAAUCCUAUAUUCGCAAUCGUAGGUUUGCUACCCAUCGCCACUAAAGCAAGCCACUUGCGAGCUAUCUAAAAAAGUAUAUCUCUCUGUAUCCAUUGAUUUUCGAGCACAGCGUUCCCGCGAGGGCGGCACGCAUACGGCGGUGGAUUUUUCCUUCCUUUUGAGGAAAUCGAAAGAUAAACACCGAACAUAAACGCGUCACUGCCAGAAUCACGCACUGCCAGCCCCGUCGUUCUAACGACGCGCCUCUAACGUAGUAUCUCUCUCUAUUACACGAGCAUAUAUUCGUUCGUAUCGUGCUUCUAAAAAACUCAUCAUCGGCUCUUUUCUCUUUAUACGUACAUACAUACAUUAUACAUACAUACAUACUCACACACAUGGCCUAGCCGCA